AUUAUGAAAAGAAAAUGGCGAGUUUGUUUGGCAGGGCCAGUAAUGAGGUGGCUGAACGCCAGCUGGUCCCGAACUCAUUUUAGUCCAAUAUGAUCAACCCAGCAUGGUGUUAACACACACACUCAUACACUCACAUCCCUACAAUGCCUCCCUUGUGUUAGUGCAACUUUCUCUCAACACACAGGACUAUUGUCCACUUCAUCAUCAGCUUAGAGAUUCAUUUUGAAUGUUUGAAUGGAUAGAUAAGGAUAAGACAGUGUAAUAUCUAAUGAAAAACCAACGAUCCACUUACAGAAAAGUACCAUGGUAUUACCAUGAUUCUUUGGACAUGGUGCCAAAUUGAAUGCCAUGCAUUAUAAAAAUAUUUUCAUCAUUAUGUUAUAACUGCAGCUUUUAACUGGACACAAAUUGUGGAUAAUGGUAACACCAUGGUAUUAUUUGAAGUACCUUGAAGAGCCAAGUAAAUACUAUAUGAAUAAGGUAAUCAUAUUAGUAAACAGUGCCACGGUAUUACAAUCUGAUGCAAUCAAUGUACAACACAGUUUGACAACCUAAAAAUAUGUUGACAUGUCUAGAUAAAAAGAUUAAUAUUUUGUUUUAUUUGUCAAAUGUUUAUGAUGAGACAUAUCCUAUUUUAUUCCCUACAGGCAGGUCAUAAUCAACAAAAUCAUAAUUCCAGCUGCGCACAACCACUUAUUGGACCUGGUGAAUCAGAUUUAGUCUCUGAUAUUAGAUCCAUAGACCCUGAUCAGAAAUGGGACAGAGAAGAGGAUUUUGACCAGAGCAAGUUGCUUCCUGAGAAAACGGACAAUGGUUACUACGAAGAGCUCAUCAGGCCGAAAAAACUCCACAAUCCCAUUAAUGUGUCCAAGAGUCACCGUGAGCUCCACCAAGAGCUGAUUAUUACACAAAAAAGAGGAGGAGUGGUGGAGGAGAAGCCAGAGUUACAGAGGGUUCUGGAACAGAGGAACAGGGCUCAUGCUCUGAAACAAGAAAGACAAGUUGAAGAGCAGAAAUCUCCUCUGGAGCAGGAGUUACUUAAGAGGCAGAUGAGGCUUGAGAAGUUUGAAAGAGAGGCCGAGGAGCGGAGGGAAAGGUCAAUGGGCGCGCCUGAGUUCAUAAGGGUCAAAGAGAGUCUGAAGAGAACAGCAGUUGUAAAUACUGUGGAGAAAGAGCUGUAACUGCACCUUACUUUAUUUACUUAAAACUAGAUCUAUAUGAGUAUAUGAACUCCUGCAGCUGCUGAUCUGAGAACAGGAUAUUGAAUAUGAAAGUUUGUUUGAAUCAGUGAAUAUGAAAAAUGAAUGAUGAUGAUGAUGAUGCAUUUUUCUAAAGGCUGAGGUCAAGUAUUUUGAAUGUGGGCUAUGGUACAUCAGUAUUAAGAUACUUUGUUAAGCACUUGUAAUGAUCUAAUAAGACUUCCUGUACUGCAACUUAUGUUUUGAUUAAGAUUUUGUAAUCAUAAUCAAAGACACACACAGGAACAGAGUAACUCCAAAUAUAGUAGCACUUUAUAUAGUUUUUGAUUCUUAAUGUAGAUUUAUUGGAUGAAAUAUUAAAAAAAGAUCUGCCAUUCGCUUCAUCAAAUUCCUAACAAAGGUUUGACAAAAAACACGUUCACAUAACUCCACAAAUCACAAUGCAAUAUGUCUGUAAACUGUAAAUAAUCACAUUCAAUCCAGGAAAUUUGAAUUUAAAUUGAGGUUUAUGCUUGAAUGGUACAUGUUUUUAUCACAGGGUAUGUUCGAAAGCUACUCAUACUAUUUGCACAGUCUGCAAUAAGUAUACUGUACAUGUUUUUGGUUUGCACGGAAUACAAAUUUCAGCAUCUCUUUAUAGACUAUUAGGUUGGACAUCUAAAAGUUAAAACACAAAUUUGGAUUAAAGAUUAUUUUACUAAAUUAUGAGUUUAUUACUAAACAAAAAAACACUCACUGACUUAAAAAUUAAGAGUAUUAUGUUUAUGCUGCAUACUUCUUUUUGAAAUGUUUACUGUUACAUAAUGCAUAGUGUUUCACAUCCUAUUUUUAAAUGUCAGUAUACAAUAUGCAGUACAUCAUUCUGCGUGAUGAUAUCAAAAUGUUCUAAUACAAGUGAGCAAUUGUUAGUUUGAAUUAUACUUCUUGUUUAUGUGGCCUUUAACAUAGCUUCUUUCUAUCUUCCCACUCAUAUAAUUCUGACAUCACGAAUCGCAUGAUUUGGAACUCAGAAAUAUUGUUUAGACUAACAACACCAAACUAGUAUUGUGUAAAUAUUUUUUAUACAUUUUGUAAUAGUUUUAAAUAAAGGGAUUUUGA